UUCAUAUCAUCGUCUUCCUGGGCAAACACACGUGGAUUUCCACUGACGCCAGGGAGAAACAAUAAUAACAUGGCAAGCCAUGGACUCGAAUACGACGGUUGCAAUUUCUUCAGACAGCGCCUGGUUUUGUCCACGCUCAGCGGAAAACGAGUUAGAAUAAAAAACAUACGAUCUAAAGAGGACGACCCGGGGCUCCGCGAUUUUGAAGCCAGUUUCAUCAGGCUCCUCGACAAAGUGACCAAUGGCUCCAGGAUAGAGAUUAAUCAGACAGGUACUGUAUUAUUUUACCAGCCUGGCUUGUUGUAUGGAGGUGCUGUCGAACAUGACUGUAACCCACAGCGAUCAAUUGGCUACUAUCUGGAGGCACUGCUCAUGUUGGCUCCAUUCAUGAAAACUGCUUUGAAGGCCACUCUGAGGGGAGUUACCAAUGACCCCAUAGAUCCAACGGUUGACUUGCUGAAGACCACAGCUCUUCCUCUCAUGAAGAAGUUUGGCAUCGAUGGAGCAGGUUUUGAUCUUAAGGUGGUGAAGAGGGGGAUGGCUCCUGGAGGUGGUGGAGAAGUACUUGUAACAUGUCCUGUCCGCAGAACCAUCAAACCUGUUCAGCUGAGAGACCCAGGCAAGAUCAAGAGGAUUAGAGGAGUAGCAUAUUCUGUUCGAGUUUCCCCUCAGAUGGCUAACAGGAUAGUGGACUCUGCAAGGAGCGUCCUGAACCAAUUCCUUCCAGAUAUCUACAUCUACACUGACCACAUGAAAGGAGCCAACUCUGGCAAGUCUCCAGGUUUUGGUCUGACCCUGGUGGCAGAGACCCUGAAUGGUUGUUUUCUCAGUGCUGAGAUGUCAUCCACACCACAGGGGCAAGGAGACCCCGUUCUACCUGAGGACCUCGGUAGGAACUGUGCCAAACUGCUUUUGGAAGAAAUAUACCGGGGCGGCUGUGUGGAUUCGUCCAAUCAGAGCCUGGCACUACUCUUGAUGACCCUUGGCCAACAGGAUGUGUCGAAGGUUCUGCUCGGACCUCUCUCCCCCUACACAAUUGAAUUCCUCAGACACAUUAGAGAUUUUUUCCAGAUCAUGUUCAAGAUUGAGGUUCAGAAGCCUCUAGAGGACGAAAGAAAAGGGGGAGACAAAGUCCUGAUGACCUGCGUAGGAGUCGGAUACAGCAACAUAAACAAAACCCUUAAAUAAAGUAUUUUUUAUACAGAUCUCA